GGUCCCAAGCCCGAAUGAGAAAGGAGGAGGGUUGGUGUGGACGAAACCUACCCAUGCCGCAAAACAGUCAACGCCGAAUAUCGGGCGGCGGUAAAUAACCCGACAUCCCUGAGCGGCCCUAGCGUCCCGGGGCGGUAAUCAGUAACCGUGAGGACCUAAAUACCCUCUAAAAGUCUGACGCGGAAGGACGUGGGAACCCACCGCGAUUACCUUCCCAAGAAAACCCCCUUAUGGAAUCAGUAACAACGAGAGUGAAUUUGUUGGGCAACCCGACUAACCAUCGGCGCCACCCAGUAUCCGGGCUGGAUGGUGUGAAAUUGGCAACCGAAGCUUCCCCUGAGGUAAAUCGACAGGCCUCAGAAGGAGGAGAUACUACUGUCGGUACUGCAGCUUCUAAAAGCGAGAAGACCUCUAUACGAUCGAGUCAUCGUAUUGGCGCUUGGAACGUCCGAGGUCUGCUGGAGGCGGGUAAGCUGACAAUCGUGGAAAAGGAAAUGGAAUCUCAUGACAUCUCCAUACUAGGCAUCAGUGAAACUCACAUGCGUGGUAAUGGCCACUUCACCACUGCGACAGGGAACACCAUGUACUUCUCAGGCUGUGAAGAUUCAAGUUUGAGUGGAGUCGGAAUCAUAUUGCCGCCACACUUAAACAAAUAUGUCCUCGGUUAUAAUCCGGUGUCUGAUAGAAUCCUGACAAUGAAACUGAAUACCAAUCCAUGUGUGCUGAAUGUUAUACAGAUAUACGCACCGACGGCACAAGCUCAGGAUGAGUUAAUUGUGGACUUCUAUGGAAAACUGGAGGAAAUACUGAAUUCUAUACCUAGUCGGGAAAUUAAGAUAAUUCUUGGUGAUUGGAAUGCCAAAGUUGGCAGUACACUGGAUGAUAAUCAUAUCAGGAGCACAGUUGGAAAAUUUGGACUUGGCAUUAGGAAUGAACGGGGUGAAAAACUGAUCGAGUUCUGCAUUGAAAGAAAUCUCAGUAUUAUGAACACUUACUUCCAACAUCAUCCAAGACGCUUAUACACGUGGAGAUCUCCAGGUGACAGGUACAGAAAUCAAAUCGACUACAUCAUUCUAGAUGGCCGCUGGAGAUCCUCAGUAUCUAACGUGAAGACCUUUCCCGGCGCAGAGUGCGGCUCCGACCAUAACCUGCUCGUAGCUAACUUCUCGCUGCGUUUAAAGGCGCCCAGACGUCAACCACCAAAACCCAAUAGUUUGGAUCCUUCCGAACAACCGAUCUUCCGAGAGGCAUUAGAGGCGAUCUUGAAGGAUUCUCCAACGCACAUUCACGCUAACGCUGAUACACAGUGGAAACACUUGAAAGGUCACAUCAACGAUGCGCUGGACCAGAUCGCUAAAAAGAAAAAGCCAGAACCGAAGAAAAAAUGCUGGAUCUCCGAUCAUUCGUGGGAGCUUAUUCAACGCAGGAAAGACUUAAAAACUAGCGGUUUGCAAAAUGGUGCAAAGGUUAAAUACUCCGAACUUAGCAGAGCUAUUCGGGUCAGUUGUCGCCUUGACAAGAACCACUUUGUUGAGAAAAAUCGUGCGUGCGAAGGUGAUACAAAAGGGUGGGCACGACCCUCAGCAAUGAGGAAUACGACGCAAGGUGGAGGCUGAAUUAUUUCCGACAAAAUCGAAAUAAAUGCCGGAGCAGCGACGACAUCAAACAAAACGCGUGAACCGUAACACAAAAACACAUAAAACAGACGUAGACGUGCACAGUAACUAGAAGGCAUGAAGUUUUAAAAAAAAAUAUGUGUUAUCGUGGGACACCGGAUAGGGAACGAAGUUCCUUAUUAUAAAAAUAUUAAUUUUAAGUUCUAUUCGGGGUAUAUAGAAAAUAAAACUGGUGGUUUCGCAACAACCCACGGUCAUUCGGUAACGUGCGAACUUAUUGUGGUACACUUCAUUCACGGUUGUUUGCAUAAGAGUUAGUGUAUUGCGCAAACGAACGCUCUGAGAUCGUGGUCAAUGAAUGAUAAAAAAAUAUGAUAUUUUU